AAAUUCAUCGUUAAGACAUUUAACUGAAAGUAUUUAGACGUGUCAAAUAUAAUAUAAUUGUACAAAAUGAAUAUUUUAGAAGACAAAGAUUACUGCAUGUUAUUAUUACUGAAUAAUUAUUUAAUGUGCAAAUGUAUUUUUUUUAAAUGAGUUUAAUUAACAUCUAACUACAGUGAGAACUCAUUAACAUUUACAACUCAGAUGGAAAAAUUUUAAAAAGGAACGAAAUUUUUUUUAACGGUGCUGUCAAGAGUUUUUUUUUAAUAUUAUUUUAUUUAUUCUACCUGAGUGCCUGAUGUGGAAAUGGAUCGUUCGCCAUAUCUUCAAGCUCUUGAAAGAAUACCUGGCUCAACAUCCUCCGAAAAAUACCAGGCAUUAUAUGGAAUUGCUCAACGACAAAUUCGAGAAUGGAAAAAUAAUGAAACUCCAAUUGAAGUCUAUCCAUCUGCAGAGCUUCCAGAACCUCUGGUACCUCGGGUAAAGUUAGAAAUUGGUCUGAUCUUGAAACGACCUGAUGACGUCAUUGCUGGUCUUAAAUCAAAUAAUCAAGAAAUAUUUUUUCGGGCUGUAAAUGUGAAACGGUUUUUCAAAAUGGUUGGAACUAAAGGUUAUCCAAAUGCUAAAUAUUUUAAAGAAUUUAUUUUCCCUUUUAUAUCACUCCGUAAUCGAAAGAAAAUAAUCAAAACUUUAGUGACUAGGUUGACAAAUCCAAGAAUAGUUGAAUCAUUUUUUGAGGUAAUUACUGAACUCUAUGGAUUUCAUCAAGCUCGACCCUUUUUAAAGAAAUGUGGAUAUGAAUUUAUACGCAAGUGUUUUGACAAAUAUGAAAUAAGGCUCUCUUUAAGAGAAAUAAAAUACUUUUAUUUCAAAUAUCCAUCAUUGAUAUUAGAAUAUUUGGACUUGCAAAAGAAAGAGGAUUCUAAGUAUGAAAGUAAUUCAUACUAUAUUUUAAAAACAAAAGAAAACAUACAAACAUUUUUACCAAGACUUUUAAAAAAACAUUCUACUUACUUUUCUAAACUAAUUCAAAAAUAUGAUGAUUUAAAAAUUUCAUUGAACAGCUAUGAAACAUUUUUAUUUUUAAAACAAGAACGAUUAGAACUUUUUAAUAAUCCUCAUCUAUAUCUUCCAAUAUUAUCAUUGAAAAAUGUUACUUCUUUGCUACCAAGAAAUCAAUUGAAGAUGUUGAUUCGGAAGUUUUUUCCUGAGAACCCUAGAGAUUUCAAAUUUAUGGACGUGUGUACUCUUCUAAAAUUUUUGCCACCAUUGGAAAAAUUACCAUUUAUUCUAGAAAUCUUUAGAGACAUUUAUGAUCGCGAAUUAACGGAUUUUCAACAUUGUGUCAUAUCAGCAAUAGAAUAUUUUCCAGUUCAAGAACGCCAUAUACAUGCAGCAAGACUAAUGGGUCAUAAUCAAAACCGAAUAGUUCAGGGUGGAAUGGAUGAAGAAAAACCAUGGAGAUGUUAUUUACCAAUUACAGAAUCAUUUAUUUGGAUAAUAAGGGAUAUAGAGGCAUGUGAGUCACAUAGUAAAAGGGCACUUCUUUUUCAAGAACUUAUUUUCUCGUGUGCAAUGAAUGAGGACUUUAGAGCUGUGCUUGAUGUUUUGCGGUUCAUAUUAAAUCGUUACAAUAACAUGGACAAAUGGAUAAUGAUAAAAAUAUUUGAUCAAAUAACAAAAGGAUUUGAUAUUCAAUCAUACAUCGAAUUAUAUUGGCAAAAUUUAUAUGAGUUUAUAUCAAGAGUAAAUUUAAGAAUGGGUACGAACGAAAGUAUAGAAAAUAUUCGGAAUAUUGUUACUUGGGUGAUUCAAAUAGACUUGGAACAUAAUCGCGAUAUAACUGAAAAAAUAAUUAUUUUAACUGAAGUCAAUGAAAAGAAUAAUGUGAAACCGGUCUGGAAUAUUUGCAAACAUAAUGCCUCUUUUGAAAAAAAAUGUCUUGAAAGAUUUAUAAAAGCAAUAUUCUCAGUCUACACUUUACACCGCCAUCGUAAUACAAAAGUGUGGAAAAAUGCUAUUGUCAGUUUUGUAUCAGCUAUGUACGACUUCAAACAUCGUCAUGAAAAAGAAAGUGAUAUCUUCGAACUACUGCCAAACAGGAAUCAUAUGAGAGAAUUGAAAAAUAAUAUUGAACAAUUGUUGCGAAAUUAUUUUAGUAAAAUAGAAAAGUUCGAUUGUAGAGAGUUGAUAAAUUUAUUAAAAAAGAAUAAGUCAGUAAUCUUAGAAACAUUUUCAAAGCAAGCAGAUUUAUACAAUAUUCCUUGUGCAAUUAUUACUUUGAAGAAGGAUGUUAAUUCAAUAUUUAGUAAAUGGAGGAUGUACUACAACGUAUGUAAAAAAAAUAUUGCUAAAAGAUCAAGUAAAAUAUUUCUAGAACGUAUUAAAUGGUUUCAGAAACUACCACGUCUAUUUGUUUGUAAGUGCUUUAAAGAAAUGAGUGUAGGUCGUGAUAAAAGAACAAUGAAAAUGCUAGCCAUUUUCCUCGAAGACUCAGUAUGUCAUGACAUUUUUAAGCCAUUUUUUACAUCAAAACUAGCCGAGAAUUAUAUAUUAGCCUCAAGAAUUAUAGAAGCUAUGAAAUAUAUGAAUGUGCCUUUCUGUAUGGUAGAAAUAAUAACACUUUAUGAAUCUAAGUGUAAGCCAAUCAUAGCAGAAUAUUUCACAACUAUAGAAAGACGAGUACCAGUUCAUAAACUGAUAGCUUUUACAAAACCUUUGGUCUCAAGCUCUAAUUCUAUAUUAAAAUAUAUCAUUAGAAUUUUUGAAAAUGCUGCUAGUUCUCACGAUUUUCAAAGCUUGCUGUGGAUAAAUAAUAAAUGGAAAGGUGAUAGUAAGUAUGUAGAAACUCGUAUACAUAUUUUUAAAAACAUUCAUCAUGGUUUUAUUACAAAACCUUCGGAUAGCAAAUGGAGAAUGAUGCAACUACUUUUAAAUAAUUUGGAUCAAAAUGACCAAGCUGAUAUAAUUAACAUUAUCACAUGUUACACGGGAAUUGAUGUUCGAUACAUUGGAUUUUAUAUAGAAAAUCUUUUGAGUAAUUCUUUAAGGAUGAAAGAACAAUUAAAUGUCUCUGAAAGUCUACCUGAAAGAUACUCUGUUUCUUCCAUACUCAAUAGUCUUUCAACAAGUAUAACACAUAUAUUUUCAGAAAAAUUACAUGUACGGUUGUUGAAGAAUUACUUAACUAAUACAAAUCUUAAGAAAGUAAGAAAAAUUUCAAUACAUUAUUUUAUCCAAAAUUAUAUUAUGCCACCAGAUGAUAAUCUGCUAAAUAAUAGAUUGCAAAGUUUUUCUCAACUAUUCGAAGAAAUGCUUACUUAUUAUUCGAUUGGAGCUGAUAACGUUGACGAAGUUUCUAAUUUUGUUUAUGUGAAUAAAUUUUUGCAUGAAUUUAAAAAUUAUCUGAUGUUUGAAAUGCCAUUGAGUGAAAGAAGGGAGAUACUUAUCAAAUUAAUUUUUGAAAGUUUUUUGAAAAUACUGACACCUUUCCACGACAUAGAAUUUUAUUGCUAUUUACGAUUAUUAAAGUUGUUUGAUGGUCAAACUUCUCCUAGACAAUUCGCAGAUAAGAUUGAUCAAAUUUUAUUGAUAAUAAUAGACAAUUUUUCAGCUUCAGUUAUAAAUGAAUUUUCUUAUUAUUUAUAUGACUUUGUAAAAUUCUUUUAUUCUGACAAAAGCUCCCAACUUGAAAUUGUUGAACGUCUUGAAGAACACAGAAAAGAAAAUAAUACUCUGGUAGCAUCACUUUUGUUGUCGAAGAUAAUUGCAGCUGAUAAGAAGAUUUAUGAAAGAUAUAGACGAGUUUAGGUAUCAUAAUAUGCUAAUAGUAAAAAUAUGUAGAAUUUAUUUUAUUUCGUAUUGAAAUAUUUUUUUCAUAUAAUCUUUCCUAUAUUAU